UAGAUUAAUUUUUUAACUCUCUGACGUAUGUAUUAUAGUUUAAUCUUAUGUAGAUUUGUUACUUUUCAGUUUAUUUUCUUAUUUAAAUAAUGUACGAUAACAUUCCCGUUAAUGGGCUUAGUAACGCAGUUUUUUUGUGUAUUAGAAACACUCCAUAUACAAAAUUAAACACAAACUCUUUUCGGAGAAAUUUACUUUCAAUAGUUGAUAAUUAUAUAAAUUCUGAAGGCACCGAUGUUGAUUCUGACUCAAAUCAUACAGAUUCACCGGAUAAAUUUAAUAAUUACAUCUUAAAUGCUGAAAACUACUCUGUUCAUUUUCUUUUAUCCACAAAUUUGAGUGAAAAUUCUGAGCUGUGCUCUUUAUACGGCUUCGAAGAUUUCACAGGAGUAUAUGCACUAAGAAACUUUUUAACAGAAGAACAAUGCCUGCUUUUGGCAUGUGAAACACUCAGAUCCUACAUUAAUCCACCUAACAAUAGUAAUUUGCUAGUCAAGGACCCUAACAUAUCUUCCCCUAUAUGGCCGAGCAAAUCAUUCCAAAAUUUAAGGUGGUCGACUAUUGGCCAUUUAUAUGAUUGGGGGAAAAGGCAAUAUGUUGGAUUUACACAAUUUCCAGAGAUUGUAGUCAAAAUUGUUAAUCAAAUCAACACUUUACUUUCUGACUUUUACAACCCAUUUACUGCAGAUUCGGCAAUAAUAAAUUUCUAUUCAAAGAGUUACUUUCUGAGACUACACAGAGACGAUGCCGAGGAAACAAAUGACCCAGUGAUAAAUAUAAGUCUAGGAGCUCCAGCUAUUUUUUGUAUUUGUAAAGAGGAUCCGAACCAACUUCCCCUUUCAUGUGUUGUUGAUUCUGGAUCGAUAAUAAUAAUGUCAAAAAACUCAAGAAGAUGUUUACAUGGUAUAAGCAAGUUGCUUCAUUAUGUAAAGCCAGAUUCAAGUGAUUUAAACGGAAUUGAAACGAUAAAAGAUACGAAAACACCGUUUUCUAAGCCUUAUUUCAUUAAAAACGUUCCAAAGUGUCCAAGUGAAGUUUUCAAAGGGUUCACAACAGCUCUAGAUGACGAUCAAAUAUCCAGUGUAAAAAAGUAUUUAUCAGAAUCGAGGAUUUCAAUAAGUAUAAGGAAAGCAAAACUUUGAAAAUACAUCUUUUUAUCAUAAACAGAUCAAUGGAGAUUCUAGAAUCUAUAUACCUUGUAGGGAAUCACUUUCCAAGCCAUGAUUUUGUAAUGUACAACUAGUUUAUAUAGUCCAAAAUCCAUCGAAUUGUAAUUUAAAUAAAUUAAUUUAUGAUUUUUA